AUGUGCCCCAGGGACCCGUGGGUGGUUAUAUCACCAGGUGCCAGAGCAGAGGUGGUGGCUGGAAGUCUCAGGCCAGCUUGAGGAGUCUGCAGCUAUAUUUGGAGCCAGAUCCCAUCACCCACCGCUGGGAACAUGGGGACAGUGGCAGGUGAGGUCUGGGGAGGGGUCUCAGCAGGUGCAGUGGUCAUGGAGAGGGCAGGACACCCCUGGAAGUGGAUGAUGACUACCCUGAUCGCAACCCUGCUUCUGGGGGUCUCAGAGCCUGUUCUUGCCGAUGUUUCCUCUUGCGACAACCCCUCUGGCACCCAACCCUCUGGGAGCAACAGAGACGUCAGCAAGGAGUCCGAGUCAGGGGAAGACACCCGGUCGGAUAGCAGCUCUCGCAUUGUGAAUGGGUCUGAUUGCAAAAAGGACGCGCAGCCAUGGCAGGGCGCUCUGCUGCUGGGACCCAACAAGCUGUACUGUGGGGCCGUGCUGAUCAGCCCACAGUGGCUGCUCACAGCAGCACACUGCAGAAAGCCAGUGUACAGAAUCCGUCUGGGUCACUAUUCCAUGUCACCUGUCUACGAGUCUGGGCAGCAGCUGUUUCAGGGGAUCAAAUCCAUCCCUCACCCUGGUUACUCCCACCCUGGCCACUCCAAUGACCUCAUGCUCAUCAAAAUGAACAGAAAAAUUCGUGAAUCUCACUUAGUGAGGCCUGCCAAAAUUGCUCCUAACUGUCCCGUUGAGGGGAUCAGUUGCAUGGUGUCUGGCUGGGGGACAACAAGCAGCAGCCACAAUAACUUCCCCAAAGUCCUCCAGUGCCUGAACAUCACUGUGCUGAGUGAGGAGAGGUGUAAAAAAUCCUACCCGGGACAGAUAGACAAGACCAUGUUUUGCGCUGGUGAUGAAGCGGGCAGAGACUCCUGCCAGGGUGACUCUGGGGGACCUGUGAUCUGCAAUGGCAUGCUGCAGGGCCUUGUGUCCUGGGGUGACUUCCCCUGUGCCCAGCCCAACAAACCAGGUGUCUACACCAACCUGUGUGAGUUCUCUCACUGGAUUAAGAACACCAUUGAAUCCAACUAAUGAGCCGCACAGGAGUCAUCGAGCCAGCACCACCCCACUGCCGUGAGGAGCACUGUCCCUCUUUGGGGAUGCAGAAGAUAGAAGGCAGUCACCCCAGGCUUGCUCUGUGUCCCCUGGCAUCAAGA